UCGUUCUUGCCAUGGCGAUCUAGCGAGAUCACAAUGGCGCUGUUUAGAUCGCUAGGUAGAGUCUCUCGGGCAGCGGCUGCGCGGUUCUCCAAAAACAGCGUUAGAUCGUGUAGCUCGCAGGCUCCUCCCCUGAUUUUAGGAAGUAGGAGAUUUUGCGAUGCUCUGGGGCGGCCGAGCGGCAGCCGGCAUUCGUGCCGGCAUUUUUGUAGCGCGGUGCCGCCGAUUUUUCUGGAGGACUUGGAUGUUGAGAGGAGAGAUCCCCAGGGUGGAUUGGACGCUGCCCUCAACAGUGUCGUCAAGAUUUUCACGGUGUCGAGCAGCCCGAACUACGUCUUGCCUUGGCAGAAGAAGCCACUCCGCGAACUCACUGGCUCCGGAUUUGCGAUCUCUGACAGGAGAAUUCUUACGAAUGCACACGUCGUUGCGGAUCAUAGCUAUGUCAUGGUCCGCAAGCAUGGAUCGGCUGUCAAGUUUCGUGCCAAAGUUCAAGCUGUUGGACACGAGUGUGAUCUAGCGCUGCUCCGGGUUGACGAUGAUGAUUUUUGGGAAGGGAUUGAGCCGCUUGAGCUGGGUGAUAUCCCAUUCUUGCAAGACUCAGUCGCUACCGUGGGCUAUCCUCAAGGUGGCGAUAAUAUUUGUGUGACUAGAGGCGUGGUUUCAAGAGUCGAGCCCGUGCAGUACAUCCACGGUGGAUCUCAUCUGAUAGCUAUACAAAUUGAUGCUGCUGUUAAUCCAGGAAACAGUGGCGGUCCGGCUAUGUAUAAUAAUACAGUCGUUGGAGUUGUGUUCCAAAAUCUUUCCAAUGCUGAAAACGUUGGAUAUAUUAUUCCCGUGCCAGUCAUCAAGCACUUUCUGAGCGAUGUAGAAGAAAGGGGACGAUACAUAGGCUUUUGCGGCUUAGGACUUGUGUGCCAAUCAACUGAAAACAAGCAGCUGAGGGAUCACUUGAAGAUGGAUUCGAAAAAAACCGGUGUGCUUGUGAGCAAGGUGUACCCUCUGACGGAGGUGAGCAACUACAUAAAAAAGGACGACGUCUUGCUUGCCUUUGAUGGUGUCCUUAUCGCAAAUGAUGGCUCAGUUACUUUUCGAAACAGGGAGAGAAUCUCUUUUGUUCACUUAGUGACCAUGAAAAGAGAAGGCGAGUCGGCCGCUUUACGAGUUUUGAGAGAUGGAAAGGAGAUCAACUUUAACGUUAAGCUCGCUCCGGUGAAACCUUUGGUACCAAAUCACCAGUUCGAGCGCCUUCCAAGUUAUUACAUAUUUGCCGGUCUGGUCUUUGUGCCACUUACAUUACCAUACUUGCACGAAUAUGGUGACGAUUGGUACAACGCUUCACCCAGACGGCUUUGUGAUCGGACCUUCUCCAAGAUGCCGAAAAAACCAGGAGAACAGUUCGUCAUCAUGUCACAAGUACUCAUCGAUGACAUCAAUGCGGGGUACGAGCGGCUUGCUGAGCUCCAGGUGAAACAAGUCAAUGGCGAGAAGAUUGUGAAUCUUCAGCACCUCAGGCGCCUUGUCGAAGGGUGCAAGGAGCCUUACAUUCGGUUUGAUUUGGAUGAUGGACGGGUUAUCGUGCUAAAGUAUGAAUCCGCGAAGGAGGCCUCGUUGCGCAUUUUGCAGAACCACCGAAUAUCGUCACCGGUGUCCACGGACCUCUUGGAAGCAGAUAAAGAGGAGGAAUCAAGCGACGAUGCUGAGCAGGAAGGGACCUUGUGAUAAGCGUCCUGUCUUUUCGAGGUGCAAUGCACGAUUUUUGUUUCUUUUCACAGUUCGAUUCUUCCGCACUGCGACCCACUCUGUAAAGGAGGAGGAUUCGCAAGAGUUUGUCCAGUGGAUUUCUCACAGGCUAAGCAGGAAUUUUGCUGAUCCCGUCCUGGAAUUUACAAAAGUGUGUUGCACCACCUC